AUGUCCACCUCCGCCGUGACGUCGCUUUACCGGCGGUCAUUGAAGCUGUCUCUAGACUGGGCUGUCCACCGAUCUGUCUGGCGUGGACAAGCGGUCUACAUUCGAUCCCUGUUCGACGCAAACAAGGACGUCCGGGAUCCUCGCCAGCAACAGGUGCUUUUGCGCGAGACUGAGAAAUUGCUGGAGAACUGGAAGCACCCCGACCCCUACCGACCUCCUACUGCUCCUGGAGGUAUGUUUCGGAAUCUGAUAUUCGUUCGCUUUAAAGCCACACAACUGACCAGGACCACAGGCAACAAAUGGGAGCGUAAUCUGCCAGCCCCGAUUCUCCCAUGUAUGUUCUGA